UACACCGUAUUAUUUAAGAGUUUUACAACUGAAACUUGAGAUUAUUAAAUACGUUAUUGUUAACUGCUGUUAUUAUUGUCAUGUGUUAAGAAACGAACUGCUUUUUAUUUAACAUGCUCCCUCGGGAUCAGAACAACAUCGACGUGUUGAAUUCUCCCAAUUGAACGAGAGUGGGCAGAGCAGUGCAGGGGGUCUGCGGUCACGUGAUAUACCAGGAGGAGUUACGUGGCUCGACGCGCUGUUUAGUCACGUGAUAUAAAGGUCACGUGAUUCGCGUCUAAGUGAAAGACUUGAAAGAGGCGCAGAACACAGCACAAUGUUUACAUUUGUCACUCUAUGUAUAACGUCGCUUUUGUUUGGUUCAAGUUAUCAACAGAUGGAAUUUCAGGUGUGCCACUUGUGCGUGGGCAGUCUGCAGAAUGGAACGGCUGUGGGAUAUUUCUGCGCUUCCUUGUCUGGCAGAGUGGAGGGCCGCUGCUGCUGGCGACAGCAAGGCGAGAGAGCCUCCAUCGUGGGGUUAGACCUCUCCAAUUGUUCUCUAAGACACAUUGAGGAUCUGCAGGAAGCUUCCACAGCAGUAAUGAUAGAUCUCUCUUCCAACCCAGUUAUAAACAUAAGUGAUUCAGUAUUUCAAGGCUUUAUAGAACUUCAUUACCUGAGAUUGCCUUCUACACUUCAGUGUCCAGGAGGAAAUGCAUCAUGGGAGAAAGUGACAUCUGAUGGGGUUGUUUGCCUUUGUGAAGAGCAGAAGGAUGCCUGCCAUCAAGAUGGAAAUAUGUCCUGGAACUGUCCAGAAAAUUCCCUUUGUGCUCCAGAUGGUCCAGGCUUCACUCAGUGUAGCUGCACAGGAGAAUACCAUGGAUACAAGUGUCUGCGAGAGGGUCAGUUCCCCACAGGUCUAGUAUUUGGGAUCCUGGGUAGCAGCACUUUCCUGGCGUCAGCACUGUUGUGGUACACGCAACGACGGAAGGCUAAGUUCACCUGAACUCCCCAGCUUGCCCUCCCCCUUUCAUUUUCUACAACAGGCCCUGGACUCUACUGAUGACUUUAAGUAGGCAUUUCCUUCAGUGUUACUGACAUCCUGUUCAAUGAACUAUUGGCAGGGUAAUACCUCUAAACCCUCUUAAGACUGCGUUGGUAUUUUUUCAAGAGGUAACGAUUGUCACAUGUGGCCAACAUACUGAUGUUGAAUUUUGGUUCCAGUUUAAUGGAGCAAAAAAAAUCAGAGUGGUUUAAACUGAAAAUUUCAUGUGAAAUUCAAACUGACACAAAUUACCUAAAAUAUUUAUGGUAAUUACCUACUGAAAAUACCUUGUGUUCUCAUAAGCAUAGACUGUAGUUUUUGCUGACAUAAAAUGGGUGCUUUU